UUUUCGGUGGAGCAACACUGUCCGCAAGCUUCGCAAAUUUCGUGGGACCUAAUUCCACACAUUUACCUUCAUAAUUAGUCACCUAAUUUGCUACCUAAUUUGCUCAACUCACCAUCCAAACCGCGCAAUUCCAGGUGCAGAUUGACACAGCCGCGACAUCCUCGGGAGAAUGGCGCUUGAUCGGCCAGCUAGACCGCCGAGUUCGCUCAGAUCAACGCGCCAUGCUGGAAAGGCUCCUAAAAUUCGCUUUUUAUUGGGUUUGAUACUGUGCGUUGUAUCUGUUCUCCCCUCAUGUGCGUCCUCGUUAAGAGAAGGUCGAGAACGAAUCUCAGCCGUUGAUUCGGUUGGAGAGCAAUGGCCGAUGGUGGUGAACGUUUGGCCGUUCUUAGAAGCCAACAGCCAGGCCUGGGAGGUGCUGACACGUGGCGGGUCCGCGUUGGAUGCGGUGGUGGAAGGAUGCAACGCUUGCGAGGUGCUCCAGUGCGAUGGAUCAGUGGGGUACGGUGGGAGCCCGGACGAGAACGGGGAGACGACCCUCGACGCCAUGGUUAUGGAUGGGAACUCCAUGGACGUGGGCGCAGUGGCCGGCAUGCGCAGAGUCAAGGCGGCGGUGCGGGCGGCGUACUUUGUCCUCUUGCACACUCAGCACUCGCUGCUGGUUGGAGACGCAGCAACGGAAUUCGCUCUAAGCAUGGGCCUGGAAGGCCCGGAAGAUCUCUCCACCAAUCGUUCGCUCGCCAUGUGGCGCCGGUGGAAGGCAGACAGCUGUCAGCCUAACUAUUGGCGCAACGUGACGCCUGAUGCCGCCCGGUCCUGUGGCCCCUACCGCCCUGCCACUGUGCAUACUGACGGUCUAAAUGGUCCUGAACUAGAUGCUGCCAAACCACACGCUGCCGAACUACGAGGUGCCGAACCACAAGGUGCCGAACCACAAGGUGCCGAACCGCAAGGUGCCGAACCACAAGGAGCCGAACCACAAGGUGCCGAACCACGUGGCGCCGAACCACAUGGUGCUACGGAUGUCAACGCGUUAAGCAAGCAGCCAGCUGCUGCGGCACGGGAGGGCCGGGGGCGGUCCCUUCGCCGAACGAAUAAGAAAGCUUUCCUCGAGAAAAAACAUCGGCUGGUGACACAUGAUACCAUCUCUAUGGUUGCCAUAGCACAGAAUGGCGCCAUGGCUGCUGCUACGUCUACCAACGGGCUCACAUUCCACGUUCCCGGAAGGGUGGGCGAUGCACCCAUACCAGGCGCAGGAGCGUACGUGGACUCAAGCGUGGGGGGAUGUGGGGCAACAGGGGAUGGUGACAUCAUGAUGAGGUUCCUGCCAUGCUUCCUGGCAGUUGAGCUCAUGCGAAUGGGCUCUUCCCCAGCCUCGGCUGCCGAAGCUGCCAUCAGUCGCAUCCGAGCCAAGUUCCCAGACUUCCAGGGAGGCUUGGUGGCGGUGAACAGGUUCGGGGAGCACGGAGCAGCAGUCAACAACUGGGUGCUACAGUACACUGUAGCUUCGCCUGUAACUGGGGGAACACCAAAAGUAUUUACUGUGCAUCCCAAGGACGUGCGAGCAGGAGCCAUCUAGGGUGGUCGAGUCAACCAUUUCGUAAAUGUAUGUAACAAGCACAAGUUUGUACAGUGUCGUUCUUAAUUCAGC